AUGAGUCCACAACAACAACAACAGCAAUAUAUGCAAAUGCAACAUCAAAUGCAAAUUCAACAACAACAACAACAAUUACAAAUGUUACCACCACAACAAAUUAACAAUCGUUUAGUUUUACCUGUAAAUAAUACAAUCCCAAACCAUUCAUAUAUAAAUACUAUGCCACCACCUCAACAAAUUUCAUAUAAUCCUCAAAUAAUACAGCCACAACAAUCACAACAGUCACAACAACCACAACAGCAAUAUCAAAUACAACCACAAUCACAACAAUAUCAAAUGCAAUCACAAAUGAUUCAGCAAUCACAACCACAACAACAACAAACUCCACCACAACAAUACCAACAUAUUCAGAUGCAACAACAUACACCCCCACAGGCUCAACAAAUUCAUACACCCCCACAACAACAGACUCAGCCCUCACAACCAAUGCAACCACCCCCACCACCUCCACCACAAACUCAACAAAAAGUAAAUGUAAAAAAAGAACCAAAUGAGCCAGAACCAAUAUCCUCAAAUCAUAAACCCUCAACUAAAGGUUCAGCUAAAAGUAAAAGAAAAGAAAAAGAACUAAAACAACAACAGCAACAACAACAACUACAACAACAACAACAACAACAGCAAUUAGAGGAGGAAAAAGCGAACCAGCAACAAAUACAACAUAUUCAACAACAAUUUCAACAGCCAGGUUUAAUAACCUUAACACCAAAUGAAAAUGGUAAUGAUAAUCCAUUUAAGGGCCCACAAGCAUAUGGCGUUUCAACAACACCAUAUACAUAUGGAGCAUAUCCACCAUUAGAAAAGAAAGAUGAUUCUUUAAACCAACCAAUUUUAGAUCAAAUUUCUAAAAAAAUCAAUAUUUUGAUAAAAAUGGUAACAAAGGCUCAAAAAGGCUCACAAAUUACUACACAAGAUAUUUCAGAAGCUGUAACAGCAUCUCAUGGCGUUACCCAAGAUCUUUUAGAAAUUAUUAAAAUUACAAGCGAUCCAAACUAUAUAAGAAAAUACCAACAAUCAUCAUCAAUUUCAAAUACACCAACGAUGAGUAGUCAACAAGCAAACCAAGGUAUGAAUAAUAUAUAUGGAUCACCAUCAUUUUCACCAACCAUGUCACCUGUUUUGAAUUCGCCAAAUGGUAUGGGAUAUCCUUCACACAUACUGCCAAACGGUGAAAUGUUUUUCAAUCCUCAAGGAUUCUCUGAUAAACAACUCCUUGUAAUUAAUUCAAAUGGUAAAAACCAAAAUGGUGGUCAAAACAACAAUGGUAGAAAUAACGAAAUCUAUAACUCUCCAACAAAGAAAGCACCACGUAGAAGAAAGAUGAGAUAUGGCGAUACUGAAUUAUCUUGUCAUCAAUGUGGUGUUACCAAUACUCCAGAGUGGAGAAGAGGUCCAAAUGGUGCCAAAACUCUUUGUAAUGCUUGUGGAUUAGCUUGGGCAAAAUCUGUAAAAAAUGAAAAACAAAAGGAAUUAAUGGCAAAUUCAACUGGUGUAAAUAUUGCUGAUCCUAAAAAAAAUCAAAAGAGAAAAAAAGAUAGCGAUAAUGACAGUUCAAGUAAUAAAGUUCAAAAGAAUGAUGGUAGCGAAAAUAAUGAAGAAAAUAAUAAUAAUAAUAAUAAUAAUAAUAAUAAUAAUAAUAAUAAUAAUAAUAAUAAUAAUAAUAAUAAUAAUAAUAAUAAUAAUAAUAAUAGUAGUAAUAUGAAUAAUAUAAACAAUAUAAAUAUGAAUAUAAAUAUGAAUAAUAGUAUCAAUAACAGCAAUGAAGAAGAAUUUCCAUCACCAUCAAACCCUAACUCGCCCCAAAACUCAAAUUUUAAUCAACAAAACCCAACAAAUACCACCCAACCACAAAUACUCUCUCAAAUGAACCAAAUACAACAAAUUAAUUCUUUUCAAACUGGUAACUCAAACAAUGACUCAAGAAAACUAAAUAUUUAA